AGGUAGUAAAGAUAUGGGGACUAGUGAUAACAAAGGAGUUAUAGUUGCUGCUGUUCUGACUCCAUUACCUGUAACUCUGACCGCUGUUUGUAUCAUUAUUUGGCUACACAAACGUCAAAAGAAGCGCAUGGAUUUAGUGGAAAAAAAAUUGGAAAAUGCUGCUUAUGUCCACUCGUAAGUAUUUGUAUUUAUCUCAAACUCUUAUUACUUUGACUCGGAAAUUUAAUGACCUUUUCAUUUUUUCGAAAUUUUUUUAAUGAGUCCGUAAACGUAAUGUCAACAUUUCAGGUUUUGGGAAAGCUAAUUGUCAUGGUAAAGAUGAGAAAAUCGAACUAAGAAAUAGGCUUUACACUUAAAAAUUUUGGAAGCGAAACCAGGAUUCAUAAUUAAUUGUGUAAACGUUCUCUGGUUAAAAAGAUUUAUUUAUUACAAGCUUUCGACUGCCAGUCUGCUGUCUUCGACGGGUAGAUUAAUAAUGUGCUAGUGAUAUAAGAUAUGAUACAAAGUGAAUAGUGCUAUAAAAUGGCGAAUUACAAUUAUAUUUACUGACACAAUAAGACAAUUGCUAACAGUUCCGCCUACGUAGAAGAUUGGUGACUAAUUAUAUAUUGUGCAGAAUUUAAAGUUUUUUGAGCAAAAAGCGAUAUUGUUCUGGCAAAUGUUUUGAGUUGUUAUCGGCGUCUUUCGUGCAUGCAGUGUGCCAAGACUCUAAUGUCGAUCUGUGUCGAUAGCUUCCCCCUGUCAAUUACUUUUCCGUUUUUAAAAUCAAUUCUGUGGUCGUUUGCGUGGGCAAAUCAUGUGAUUAAUCAAUGUCACCAGCUAUUUUCAAACAAUAGAAGGUAGGCCUAUUAUCUUUAGAAAUUAGAAAUUAAAAAGUACCAUACCAUAUGGAACAUUCAAGCAGUUCUUCUCGUGUUUGCCUACGCUAUCUUAUUUCUGGUGUCAUACGAGUUUUAUUGUGCACGCUACAGGGUGCUCCAAUAUGAACCGGGCGGUUAAGUGUCGCAAAUUCUAUCGAGCCGGGUGCAAAAUUAAUACCAACAGGAGAUCAAAUAGGUGCGCAUUAUUGGAAAUUUACCUUAUCAAUAACGAUAACCCGAUAAACAGUUUACUUACUGUAUUUUAUGUAUUAUAGUGUUGACAAUGAUAUUCCUGCAGAUGAAAACGGUGAAAGAGUGAUGAAUUUACUCUAUGUUUCGCAAGAUAAUGUACAUGAGAUACCAGAACAUUUAUUGGAAUCAAUAAAUUUGUUGGAACUGCCUGGUGAUUCAGUACAAUUUCGGGGUAUCAUCGGUAAAGGAGCAUUUGGUAUAGUGUAUGUUGGUGAAGCGCAUUUGGUCAAUAGAAACCCAGAAUGGACAACCGUUGCAAUCAAAACACUUUCAGGUUAAGACGUACACAGAUAAAAUAUUUUAUAAUUGUGUGAUAUAUGAGUUGUCAGAUAUACGAAUGACUGUUAUAGAAGUAACAUGCAAUCCUUGACUUUUCCCACGCAAUCGUAAUAAUGUUUGUUUGGCAAAGGAAAACGCAUGGAUUAUCAUUAGUAUAUGAUUGCAAUUGUUAUUGUGCGCAGAUGCAGUUCUUUAAAAAUGUGCAGUUACGAAAGUAUCCCCUAGAAGCUGCUCGUCGUUUUCAUGACGCCCGCUCCAGAAUAUGGGAUAAAUUAAGUCAUCGUGAAUCAAAAUCUUUCUGUGAGAGGUGCCCCAGACCUUUAUAUGAUUAGAAUGGUGCAACUAUAUGUGUUGUUGUUGGCGGUUAUUGAAUAUUGGUGCAUGCAUGUGUAUAUGUGUGUAUACCUAUAUUUGAGCAAUCUGAUAAUCUGGGUAAAUUCAACAAAUAUUAUAGAGUCUGCCGGUGAGGAGGAACUUAGCGAUUUCUUACGUGAAAUUGAGUUGAUGAAGGACAUUGGGGAACAUAAAAAUGUCAUUCAGAUGUAUGGCUGUUGCACACGAUAUCGUCCAAUAUGUCUAGUCCUGGAAUACGCGAAAGGCGGAAAUCUACUGAAUUAUCUGAGGUCUCUUAAAAAGAAGGUAAUCAUAACUAUUACAGAGCAAUACAAUUCGUCCAAUGAUAAUCCUUUCUGUAUGGGCAAAAAUGGCGUGUUAGGGAUUCAUUUUACAGAGUGUCUAAAAAACGUGGAAAAUUUUCAAAUGGCCAAGAAGAUAUAGGAAUUUUUAAUUUGGCAAUAAUGAAUAUUUAUAAUUUAUAUAAUGCAAAAAUAGCUGCUUUUGCCAACCAUAUUAAAACAUGGUGGUUUACGCACAAGACUGAAGAUUUGAAAAGUGCUUUAUGACUGGUCAUCAAAGUACGAGACUAUUUGAAAGUCGUAAAAAUUUCCUGACUCUCACGGGCAUUGAGAUAUUGGCGAAAUAUUUGAAAGAUGACUAUUCAUGAAUUUAAUUUAAUUUAAUAGCUUAGCCCUUGUACAAUAUUUAAUUAUUAGCACAUGGCAGGGAAUCCUCAACAGCGCCAGCCAAUUACUGCGGCCUCUUUAAAACUUAAUAACAACAAACAUAAUGAUAAUAUAGGAACGAGUUGUUUCCUUGUCUUCAGAGGCAAGUCAUUGGCAUUUUGCUCUUGAUUAAAUUUCCUUCCAUUCUUGUUCAUAUUUGCAUACAUUGCAAUUAGUCUUAGCGCUCGAGCGGUGAACUUAGUAUAUUAUAUCAAUUAGUUUAAUUUGCCUUUGAAACCAGAUUUUAAACUUGCCUCAUCGUGUUUUGAUCAUUCCAUUUUUAACCCAGCUAUUUUCAAAUUUUUGCACUCGGGUGAUUGAUUUUAAGGGCAUUUUUAAUUUAAGCUUCUGUUGCACGAUCCAACGAUUUGUGAGACGAUCCAACGGCGUUGCGAGACAAGUUUCGUGACACAUUGCAACGUGCAAUACCCUUCCAUGUCGCGAACCUGUGUCAGUUUCCUUUGCAAGUUAAGUUUCCCAAAAAGUUGAUAAGAUUCAACUUUUCACAACGAUUGCGAGCUCCUUUCGCUGGCAUUGCACCGUGUAACACCAUGCAUUCGUUAAACCUGUCUCGCAAUGUUUCGAAACACCUAGCCUGCGUACAGGCGUUUAUAGAAACACUUUGAACAAGCAACCAAUCAGAUGGAAGAAUAAUACCCAAGGUCAUCAAAUUCAAUACUCAAGGUCAUUCGUGCUACAUGAAAUUGAAAUGGCUUGGCUUGCAUGUUUCGAUGACAAUAUGUGAAAUGGCUGUGCGACUAAUACGAAAAUUGUACUCAAGAGAUUUAAAUAUUUCACCAGUUGUUAAAAAUCGUAAGGUGACAGCCAUUGGUUCGUCCUGGAUAAUGCUCUCCCGCAUAAUUGUAUUUUGUUUUUGGAUAGGGUAUGAUACCUGGUCCACAACGAGGUCAAGUCCGUUCUUCUCAAGCGCGUGUUUUGUUUACAUUUUUUUGUUUCAAAGAAUAGAUAAUUUAAUUCAAAUCCCGAUCUGUGGACCCACAGUUCGGAAUUUUAAUUAAAUUAUCUAUUGUUUGAAACAAAAAAUGUAAAUAAAAUACGCGCAUGAGCAGAACGAACUUGACAGCCUCUUUAAGUCAAGCAGUAUCAAAAGUGCCAGAGCACGCUUUCUCGGGGAGCGAGUUUUAGCCAUGAACAUUCACGAUUCAAAUUGUUUCGUGCGCUUUUCUCCCGCGGCCGGAUGUUACAAGUGUGAAGUCUGAUGAUUAGUCUUCUCGAUGCGAGUUUCGCGAUCCUGUUACACUAUCAUAUUCAAUGGUUUGUGAAAGAAGACCAGAAGAAGAAUAUCAGAAGACCUUAGUUAUAUUCAUAUUGAUGUUUCAGUUUAGUGCCGGCAAUUUGAAAAUUUGCUGCUCUCUUUAUGCAACCCGUUCAAAUCACUCGAGCUCCAACCUAAUAUGCUCACUUUGAUUUCCGGGAAUAUACUUGUUGUCACGUGUCCAUUAAGAUAACUAGCUCACAAAGUAAUUCUCGUAUUUGUGUGAUCACAUGUUCCAUUUAUAUAUGACAGAGUAAACCCUGUAUGUUUGAAGAGUACAAAAAAGCAAAUAGACAAAAGGUCCACUAGUAGAAGAGUACAAAAAGCAACCAGGCAAAAUUCUUGCUAAGCGCUGAAGCGCUCACUUCAGGCAAGGAAAGCAAUGCUCAUUCAUUGCGUUAUCGGCAUUUUGAACUGCAUGAAGUAGCUCAGUUUACUUCCUGUCUUUUGCAGAUUUAUAUCUUGCGAUGGAGCCUAGUGGUCGAGGAAGCACUUGCCGUGCGAUAGUAAUUCCUAGUUUCUAAAUUUUAAAAUUCACAUGCAUGCUUUAAUUCUUCCUCUUGUAGUGUAAAGACAUAGCAGUUGCGCGGACAUCGGAAGUCACAAAAUCUGACAAGGUGAAUGCUAUAUAAAGUCUAUACUUUUUCUUCAAAAACUUCUUUACACUGGCAUAAACUUGUCGCAUCCGUUUAUAGUUGCUAUAGCAGUAUAUAUAACUGUAAUGAACUGAAAAUAUUUCAGGAAAAAUAUCAGAAAUUCUUUGAGGAAGGGGAAAUGCCAGAUGAUGCACCAUCUUCAUUUCCUGCUAAUGCAAGCGAUCAACUUGAGGUGGAGGAAAACAGGAUAAAACAACUUGAAGGUAAUUGCAUGUCCUGUGCUAGAUUGCUAUAGUGUAGGAUUAUUAUUAUUAUUAUUAUUAUUAUUAUUAUUAUUAUUAUUAUUAUUAUUAUAAAAUAUGUCCUGAAUAAGAACACUUGCGUACUUCCAUGCUUUCCAAUGCCAGAAUGCCUAAACUAUUUCAAGAAAACUCUAUGUUCAAUUAACCCAAACAAACUGUUUUAUAUUCCAAGCUGGAUUCCGAAGUUAUCCGAUCCUAUCGUAAACUUCGACCUUCAACCCCCAACAUAUCGCCAAGUUACAAAUAGUAUUGGCAGAAUGAAAGCUUCUGGAUCGCCUUGUCCUCUAGAUCAACUUUCAAUAAUUUGCUUCAAAUGUUGUCCAUUUUUGCGCACUUAUCUAACCGAAGUGAUACUUAGCGUCUGGUCUUCGAAAUCUGUACCAGCUAAAUGGAAAAAAGCGUGUUCUAUUCUUAUCCAUAAAAAAGGCAAUACAAGUUGCCCCUCCAAUUUCCGCCCUCUCCUAAUUACUCUAGAAACUAUACCACUAAAAGUGUUUACAUCAUGCCUCCGCAAUGCUAUGUUCUCGUUCCUAACUGUUAAUAACUUUAUUGAACAUCAGAUUCAAAAAGGUUUCACUCCCAAUCUGUCUGGCACUCUGGAACACACUGCUCAAAUGACAAAUAUUAUCAACCAAGCGAGAAUAAAGCAGCGCUCUGUUGUCAUCACCCUUCUCGAUCUCAAGAAUGCUUUUGGUGAAGUGCAUCAUAAUCUAAUUCAAUCUGUCCUCAACUAUCAUCACAUUCCCAAAGACGUUAGUGAAAUAAUAAAGAGCUUGUAUACGGACUUCAAUACUGCAUUUAUAACAUCAGAAUUCUCUACCCCAUUUAUCACUGUCGGUCGUGGAGUUCUUCAAGGAGACUGUCUUAGUCCUCUAAUUUUUAAUGUGCAUCAAUACCUUUAUUCAACAUAUAAAAACUGACAAAUACAUUCAAUUUGGUUUCAUUACAAAUCUUUUAAACCCAGUCCAUUGGUUACAGUUCGCUGAUGAUGCUGCGGUAAUAAGCGGUCAAGAUUCAGAAAAUCAACAUCUUUUAAAUCGAUUCUCGAUCUGGUGCCAGUGGUCUAACAUGAUUGUCAAGGUUGAUAAGUGUUCAACAUUUGGGAUUAGGAAAAGUCUGACAAAAUCUGUCCAAUAUUUACCUAAACUUCUGAUUAACAAUGAAUUGAUACCUGCCACUAAAAUUGGAGAGUCGUUUCGAUACUUGGGGAAAUAUUUUAACUUCAGUAUGUCCGAAAAAGAACACAAACAAGAGCUAAUCACUCUCAUGGACGACAUUAUGUCUGAAAUUGAUCUCAAACCUUUGCACCCGAAAAAUAAACUUUUGCUUUAUAGCCGUUACCUCCUAUCCAAACCUUCCUGA